ACUGACAUAAUCUUAACACUCCACAAGAAAUAUCGAAAAGACCAGAUCGUCUACCAACUCUUGCUUAUUCCACUUCAGUGAAACGUUCCGCCAGUAAACAACAGCAAUUGUUCAAACAUUUACCUGCCAGAAAAUGUCAAAAAAUAUAUCUAUUGGUUUCACCGACUUUUUCGUGUGCGACGCGAUGGAGUUCUGUAAAUUCAAACCAGCUUAUUUUGUGAUCUUCCACUGGUCGGUCAGUGUUAUCUUGCUAUUUCUUGUUUUUACAACAGUGUUUGUGAACGGAAUCUUCAUCCUGUCUAUGUAUUUCUUUCAAAGUCUCCACACAGCAGCCAACUAUCUGUUUAUUAGUUUAGCGAUAGUGAACUUGACCCUGGGGACUGUUAGCGUACUUUCAAGCUCCAUCUACAAUAUGGUGUUCUUUGAAUGUACAAAGAUGGCAUGCUUGCUUAAAAACCUUUACAUCAUGUCCGCUGGAUUGAAUAUGUCAGUGACGAUGACAACAUUCAUGAUAAUCAGCGUUGAGAGAUAUAUCUGUAUUUUUUACGCCCUUCGUUGGGCAGAAAUCGUCACAAAGAAGAGAGUUGUCAUCAUCGUUGGUUUGGUUUGGGUAUUCUGGACAAGCAUGGUUGUUAUCAUUCGUGCAAUGAAUCUCUGGGAAACAUACGAACGGAUAUAUAUCAUCCAGUUCGCCAUCAACAUUGCCAUCAGUUGUGUUGUGAACACGAAAAUCUUCAAAGAAGUCAGGCGACACGAGCACCGGAUCGCUGCUCAAGAGCACGUCGUUGCUAACUCCGAUGAGAUUCGUAGAGUACGCGAGAAAAAGCGCGCGAAAACAUUCAUCUUGAUGAUUGCCCUUAUCAUCAUGUGUUACGUUCCAACUCUAAUCAUGGUAUCUCUWAUGCAUUUAAGUUCUAUUAGUCAAAGUCAGAUCCAAAUUGGAUGGAUKAUAUGCCGAGUUAUUUAUCUCAGCCACUGUACUUUUGACUUACUCGUGUAUGGUAUGAAGACGGAUGAAGUUAAGGCCUCUUUCAAGAAGAUUUUGAGCAAAGUUCGCUCUCAAACUCGGCACUGACAAUGAUAUAUGUACAUACACUAUUUCAGAACAGCUUGUUUUAUUCACUGUGUUCAGCACUCACCUAGUUAUGAAAUAGAAUAGCUGAAGCUUUUGCUUCUCAGAAUUGUCGGAUACAAACGUUGAUAGUCAGUAGAACUGAAUUUAUUACUAUAUAUUCUUAUAUAUUAGAUACAUUUGUGGAUUUCAGUGACCUGCAACUAGUUAAAACUAUUCUAAGGCAGGUCACUGAUUAUAUAUGUAUAUAUUUAUAUUUACUUCCAAUGUACACUUGUUCAAGUUUAAA